AUGGGAGAAGAACAAAAAUCAGACCAUGACUACCACACGUUAUUCGACAAAUUGGAUGUUCAGCAUAGCGGAGAAAUCACCCUAAAGGAUUUCAAGAAGGCUAUCAAGACCUUAAAUCAUCCAGUGGCUUCAAACCCGGAGCUAGUCGAAAAGGUGUUUCAGUCAUUUGACUAUAACAAGGACAAAGUUAUCGACAUGAAAGAUUUCGAGAGAUAUCUUUCCAAAGCCGAUGACCAGAUAUCUCGUGGAUUUGAAAAAAUAAAUCUCAAACACGAUGGUAAAUUGACGAAAGCCGACUUCACUCAUUACCUUACAAAAACACUUAAUAUGAGCCCACACGAACAAACAAUUGAUCAAUUAUUCCAAACCAUUGAUCUGCAUCACCAUGGCUACAUCACUUAUGACGAGUUUCGGGAGUUCCUCGUACUCAUCCCUCGCUUGGAUGGCUCGCGCAUCAAAACAGCGCUCAACUACACAGCAGAAGAAUUGGAUCUAUCUUCUGACGGAGAUGUCACUCUAAUAAAUCAAUUCCUCAGUGGUAUGGGUUUUUUUCUUGCGGGCGGUCUUUCUGGCGUUGUUUCGCGUACUUGUACUGCCCCAUUUGACCGUAUCAAGGUGUUUUUGAUCGCCAGAACAGAUUUGUCAUCAACUGUAAUGCAUUCUAAGCAACAAAUAGAGAGAGAAGUGGCUUCAGGCGCGUCGCGCCACGUACUAGAAGAGGCCCGUAAAAGAUUGGCUCAAGCAAAGCUCGAAAGGUCCUUACAUGAACCAGAGCCUCCACAUAAAAGAACAAUUCGUUCACCAAUUAUACAAGCUGCAAGAACUUUAUGGAAACAAGGAGGUAUCAGAACUUUUUACGUUGGAAACGGGUUAAACGUCAUGAAAGUGUUCCCAGAGUCAGCCAUGAAAUUCGGGACUUUUGAAUUAACAAAACGAGUUCUUGCCCGCGUGGAGGGUGUAGACGAUACUUCAAAACUCUCUCGUGCCUCAACUUACCUCGCGGGUGGCUUGGGUGGUGUUGUUUCACAGUUCGCUGUAUACCCCAUUGAUACAUUGAAGUUUCGUUUGCAAUGUUCAAAUCUUGACUCACUGGUAAAGGGAAAUGAACUUUUAAUUAAAACGGCGAAAACCAUGUUCCAGGAAGGUGGCCUCAAAAUAUUCUAUCGCGGUAUUUUUGUUGGAACUAGUGGCAUAUUCCCAUAUGCUGCUCUUGACUUGGGAACUUUUUCCACUAUCAAAACUGUCCUUGUGAAAAGGCAGGCUAAAAUUGAGAAGAUUCCAGAAGACGAAGUCAAACUUCCGAGCUAUAUGGUGUUGACGCUUGGAGCACUUUCAGGAACAUUUGGAGCCACUGUAGUGUAUCCAAUCAAUUUAUUGAGAACAAGACUCCAAGCACAAGGCACCUACGCCCAUCCAUACAGAUAUGAAGGGUUCAAAGACGUUUUACAACAGACUAUCCAAAGAGAGGGAUUACCAGGGUUGUUUAAGGGAUUAGUGCCAAAUUUGGCCAAGGUAGCCCCCGCUGUGUCAAUCAGCUACUUCAUGUAUGAAAACCUCAAAAGUAUUUUUGGCCUCAACAAUAAAUUGAGCUAA